AGUGUCUGAGCGGCUCGCUGGACGGAAGACGAGCAUCUGUAUGAACAAUGAAGCGGCCGGCUUACAAGAAAUGACUCGCUGCCACGGGCCUGAAAUAGACAUAUAAGGACGAUCGGAGACAUGGUAUCACAGCAGAGCAGAGAUUUGAUGGGUAACUACCGUUAUUGACCUCUAACGGAGCAGGGAUUUAGGUUUUUUUUUAAUACUUUGUUGCCUUUUGAGUUAAAUCUUCCAGCUGAGUGCGAUAAACGUUACCAGACAGACGCGUCUGUGUCUGCUUCCAAAUAAACAUGAUCAUGUUAUUAGUAAGACAUGCUUUACAUUAAAGAUUAAAUCAUCUUUUCUGACUUAUUAAUACACACACAUACAGUAAUGCAUUAUUGCCUGGCCCUGUAGUGUACUUGAUUCUUUUUAAAACUAGCCUUGAAAAUACUUGCUGCAAACUAAUUAUUUAUUCAAGUAAUAUACUCAUUUAUUUUUGUACAAUCACAUCAUAUUCACGUUUCAAGGACCAAACUGGAUUUUUAAUAACAUCCCUUUAAAUCACAGCUCCAUUGUUUUUUGGGGCUUAGUCUUUUCCUUUUGAGAGACUCUGAUACCAUGUUCUGCCGGAUGUCAUGAGUUGGCCAUCUGCUGCAGGGACUUAUUUAAGCCUGCAAUCUGAUUAACCAGAGAAAGGAUUGAAGGCAUCAGUCAGGACAUUAUUGUGCCAGGAUUCAGUCGGCUGCUUUGUAAAGGGGCGAUGCUGAGAGCCACGGUGGACUCGGUGGAGGAGAGGGAUGAGGAGCUGGAAGAUGAAGGUGAAGAAGAGUUGAGGGAUGGAGGGGUUCCUUUCUAUGUGAACAGAGGAGGCCUUCCUGUGGACGAGGAGACUUGGGAGAGAAUGUGGCGCCAUGUGGCUCGAAUCCAUCCCACUGGUGAAGCUUUGGCAAAAGAGAUCAGGAGCGCCAGUGACCUCCCCAAGAUUCCAGUACCAAGUGUGCCUACAUACCAACCUACAACCACUAUCCCACAGCGCCUGGAAGCCAUACAGAAGUACAUCAGGGAAUUGCAGUACAAUCACACAGGAACACAGUUUUUUGAGAUAAAGAAAAACCGCCCUCUUACAGCGUUAGUGGACAUUGCAAAGGAGAUGACGCGCGAGGCUCUGCCAAUCAAAUGCUUGGAGGCGGUCAUCCUGGGGAUUUACCUCACCAACAACAUGCCCGGUGUGGAGCGCUUCCCCCUCAGCUUUAAGUCUCAGUUCUCAGGGAACCACUUCUACCACAUUGUUCUGGGCGUUCACAGCGGGGGACGCUUCGGUGCGUUGGGCAUAAGUCGCCGGGAGGACCUCAUGUUCAAACCGCUGGAGUUCCGGACACUGAUGGACUUAGUUCUGGACUAUGAAAGAGCCUACAGGGGCUACUGGCACACCCUGCGCAAGGUGAAGAUCGGCCAGUACGUCUCCCACGACCCACACAGCGUGGAGCAGAUAGAAUGGAAACACUCAAUACUAGAUGUGGACAAGCUGAGCAGAGAAGAACUACGCAAGGAGCUGGAGAGGCACACUCGAGACAUGAGGCUUAAGAUAGGAAAGCCAGCACCUCCUUCUCCAACCAAAGACAGGAAAAACAGCAUGGGUUCACCCAUCAGAGGGCCGAACAGCCCCCUCCGAAGAAUCAGCCAAGUUGAGAGACGUCCCUCUGGAGACAAGAAAGUUUUGGAUCAAAAACCAUCAGCUGAUCUUAAAGGAUACCAGAUUCGAGUUUGAAGAAGAAUUUUUGCUAACUUGUGAAAAUUUACCACAUGCUUGUUUUAUGGAAACAGUGAGUUACCUAAUUUGUAUACAUGUUGGCCUAUCCACGGGAUAAAGUGUGGAACAGGUCACCAGCAACUUUCUACGUGACAUAUGAUUCGUUCACAUUUCCCAAGUUGUUACACGUGUUGUUUUUUGUUUUCGUUCUCCUGUAGCCGUCACUGUGUACAGAAACUGGUGCUGACACUGCUCCCAACUUAGGGAGUACAUGUCCAGAAAUGUGUGAGCAUUUAAAAAUAAGUAUAGUUUUACUAAUUCAAACAAAACAAAAUAUAACCGCUCUCUGAAGCUGAAAAAAAAUUGAUCACUCACUGUAAAUAUACAAUCAGACAUAUCACAGAUGUGGUGUUAGGCUUGUUUGCAAUCUAUCGAUGUUCUGUAAGUGUGUAAAACACAUUGUGUGUUCCAAAUCCAUCUGCAUAUGUAGUAACUUGUUUAUAAACAACCUCCCUUGUGCCUUGUAUGAAAACUUAAAAUGAAGAAAAAUACUAAUAAUUACUAAACUCAAUAGUCUUAUUGUCUUACCAAACACAAAACUGUGUAAUUUCUCCUUUUUUAUGUGACUUUGAAAAAGUAAGUGUAAUACACACGUCCAGCAUGCGGGGCAACAUGUUCAGCAUCGUCUGAUUCAUGAAGUAUUCAGGUCCAGUUGGAAUCGGGCCACCACACUGAGAUGGUCAGAGGGGAACACAUGAUUGGGAAGACCACCCAUUGACCACAGAACAUCCUCGGAUAGGAGAGAGAGAGAACCAACAAGCUUCAGACCUUCACUUGCAGAGUUCUCACGAGCUACAGAAAGAAAAAAGACAAAGUUAAAAAAAAAAAAUAUGUUUCAGUUAACAUAUUUCUCUGUUACAACUCCUCCAAUCAUACAUUUCUGUUUGGGUGUGAGGAUGCGUUUUGGGGAGUAGAAGAUGUAGUCGACAGCAGCUCCUCCUUCAGAGUGCAAGGUUGUAAUGUCUUGACUGACAGAGUCCUGGAACGCGUGUUUCUGGACCGACUCCAGGUCUAACCGAUGUCUGAUGCUGUGCCUGAACCUGCAAAACCAUACGAUUUUAGAACCAACCUAAUUGCAACUUCAGAAACGUUCUUGUGUUGUAAAUAUUGUGUGUGAUGUGACAAAUGCCAGACGGCAGAAUGUUUAGAAAUAAACCAAGUCCAUCAAUUAUAGUAGCUUCAGCUUUGAAUGUAUUUUUGUAAAUAACUAAUACCUGCAUGUCUACUCACCUUUGAUCAUAAUGCUGAUUUUCCUUUAAAGCAUCUAUGCACAAUGAGAAAAAACAACACAGAAGAUCAAAUAGAUCCGGUGUUGUAAAAGGUAAAAAUUAAUGUUAGUGUGGAUUAGGGAUGGGCGGUAUGGACUAAAAAAUGUAUCACGAUAAUUUCUGGCAUUUAUCCCGAUAACGAUAAAAAAAAUACCAAUUCAACUCCAUCUUUGUAACUAUAAAUCUAUCU